AUGACCUGCAAUGAAACAUCGGACUGCCAAUACGUCGCCGCCACUUUCGGACCGAAGGCCAGGCACUACAUACUGGGAUGUCUUGGGCCGAGAAUACCUACCUACGAACUGAAGACUGUCGAUUCUGAAAGAAGUUUAAUGUUGGAGGAUAACAAAAAACUCGCCGAAGCACUGACAGCAAAAAUUUUACCUGAUAGGAAACACAUCACGGUAGCUGUCGGAAACGGACAAACUGCAACGGUUGAGCUUAUAGAGCCACAGGAAGAAGGCAGCAAAAAGUUUCCUCUACUUAUACUGGCAUCCGGAGAGCCAGGCACGCAGCAAGUAUCGGAUAGAUUCCAUCUUGGUUGGGAAACUUAUCUGGCAAGCAAGGAGGAGGUGGUCGUGGCCAAGGUAGAUGGGCGUGGAAGUGGCGGAAGAGGUGUCACAUACAGGAAUCAGAUACACAAAAAAUUGACUGAAAUGGAUGUCGAGGAUCAUCAGCUUAUUGCUUUGUUUUUGAAGCACCACGAACUGGUUGACCCUGCCAAGGUGGCCAUAAUGGGCUGGGGCCAUUCAGGUCUUGUCGCCAUGCACUCCCUAGCAAACGACAGCGAUAUUUUUCCGUGCGGAAUUACUGGCGGUGCUCUUCUGGAUCCUCAUUACUACGAUGCUCCGUUCUUUGAGAAGUACAUGGGUUUAUCCAAUCAGAACUACAACCUCCAAGCAAUCUUGAAAACAGGGGUUGCCAGCAAACUAACAAAUCUAAGAACGAAAAAGCUGGCCAUCAUCCAAGCGUUGGGAGACGAUCACAUCAGUUAUGCCAGUACCUCAAAUGCUCUCAAAGUUCUUGAAGAUAACGACAUUAUAUUUAGAUAUCAAAUCUAUAGAGACCUGAGCAGCAGCCGACUGACGCCGCACAGACACGUGUACCACCUGAUGACCGAUUUUUUGAAAAAUGAUUGCUUCGCUUACUUCUGGAAACACGAUACAAAAUCAUGGAUAGUGGACAAGUCCGUCAAGAAAGACAAGUUCCGUAUUAAGCAGUUUUGUGUUUGACGUACCACUUCUCUGAAGCUCAUCUCCGACAAUUCCUUUCCACUGCCCUCUGUUUUCUUUCUAUUUUUUAAACUCUGAUUUAAAUAACUUUUUUUACACUUAUUUAACCACAGUUUAAAUAUCUUUUAUGAUAUUAUCUUUAGCCAAAUAUUCAUUUUCUAUUUGCUAUAUCUCUAAGCACAUACUUUAGAAAACUUUUCUAAGCGUUCUCCACGAAUUAUCGCUUAAAAAAUCUUUACGUUUUUUUACUUCCACCGCACAUUAUUUGUAUGCCUGUCAUCAGCAUUCUUAGAAAGGAUUGUUACCAGCAAAAUACAAUGGAAAUGAGCUUCGGAGACUAAACUACAACAAUGAUUGAUAUUUGAUGAUCCUACUCGGGUCGAUUUUUGGAAAGUGAUCAAAAAAUUUCAAAACUAUGAAAACUAAAAUCAUCAUUUAUCCGCUAUUAAUCGUGUACAUAUGAAUAAUUUGUAAAUACAUUUUCUAUUCGCAAACCCAUUUGUUGAAAUUUCAGUAACGUUUAGUCGUGAUAUUAUAGAACUGGUUCAUUUCAACAAAUUAGUAAUUCAAUUAACUGCAUCAGAUUUUAAUUAUUUCAGUUUCUUAGCUUGAAUUUGUAAGUUUUUUUAACUUUCCUUUGAUAUUAUUCUUUUAAUUUACUACAAUUUCAAUAUGUAAAUUAUUAACCUCAAGAAAUUUGAACGAGAAAAAAUUUGAAUGUGAUUUGAGAAAACUAAUUAAAGGUUUAAUAUAUUAAUUAAUAGUUUUUCAUAUCUAUCCAUACUAAUGUGUAGAACAAUCAAAACUAAUUGCUUAUCUAACUUGCAACUUAUUUAUAUAGGCCCUCGUAUUUUAUAAAAUUGCACACACUGAUUUCUCUAAUAUAGGAUGCUUCUGUAAAUUAUGUUAUUACAAAAGUAAUGCGGCUAACAUUAAUAAAUUUUAAUCAUUCAAAUUUCAAUUAUGCUUCAUUUUCACACGUUUUUAUAGACUUAAACAAUUAGCACACCUAGCGCGAGUAUUUAUUACUUCCAUUCAUUUUCUGUUUAUCAUGUAUUAUUUAGUUCAAGUUAAUGUCGUAGCAAUAAACAUCACUGAAUUGUU